AUGUGGGAGCAUACCCUUAUCAAAAAGGCUAUGGCUACGGUCCGAAGAAUGGUUAUGGAUAUUGGAGAGGACCUGGAGGCAGAUGGUACGGCCAUCACGGAUACGGCGGAUGGGGACACCAUCACGGCGGAUACGGCCAUUGGCACAGAUAUGGAUGUUGUGGUCGAUGGUGGCGACGUUAAACCUGCCCUUCUGUUUCUUUUCAACCUUUAA